GCACUCGGCACAAAAAGCCACCCAGCCGCCAGCUUCUCCCCCUCUAGCUCAGCCUCUCCCGCUGACAUCACUCGGCGGGGAGGAGGAGGAGGAGGAAGGGUGGGGUGAGCGGGAGAAGAGCCUGGGAGAGAGUCGAAGCUGCCUGCCCGCCUGCCCUCCGCCUGGGCAGCCGCGACGCCCAGCUCGAGGGUCGCCCGUCCCGUCAGGACGCCCUUCGCCCGCUAGGCCGGCUGUGCCGGAGGUGCCUGUGUCCUUCUGCCUUUCCUGCCGUCGCUCUGCCGCGGAGAUGGCAGAGUACAGCAGCCUUCUGGAGGAGCUGGCCGAGAACAUCACCAAUGAAGACCUGGACCAGCUGAAGUCGGCCUGCAAGGAGGACAUCCCCAGCGAGCGGCAUGAGGAAAUCGCCACCGGCAAGGACUGGUUCAGCUUUCUGGAGAAGCACAACAAACUGGACAAAGACAACCUCUCUUACAUCGAGCACAUCUUCGAGAUCUCCCGCCGGCCAGACCUGCUGACCAGGGUGGUGGAGUACCGCACACAAGUGCUGAAGAUCUCGGAGGAGGAUGAGGUGGACACCAAACUGACCCGCAUCCCCAGUGCCAAAAAGUACAAAGACAUCAUUCGGCAGCCCUCGGAGGAAGAGAUCAUCAAACUGGCCCCCCCACCCAAAAAGGCCUGAACCCAGUGUACGUGUGUGUGCAAGUGUGUGUGUGCGAGAGUGUGUGUGCGUGGAGGGCCCCAGCUCCAAGGAUCACUGCCACCACCUGCUCCACUGCCCUGGCUCAAGACACUUUGCUCCCUUCUGCUUACGCCCUUCUCAG